GAGAAUUAUGGAAAGCGAAGCGGGAAUGAUGAGCAUGGCUGGCUUUGAUGAUCCUCUGAGUCCGACGCACCUGACAGGGUUGGGAAUGAGCUGCCUUCUCUCGCCAAAGUACAGAGACUUAGGGCCGGGCCUCACCUGUCUUCAUACGUACAACCAGUGGUUGCCUUUCCGCCAUGAUGCUAGCCUCCUGCCCAUGAAAGAAGAUCUGGCCCUCUGGCUCAACUCUAUUAUGGGGUUGAACCUCACUGCAGACAGUUUGAUGGAAAAGUUGGAUAAUGGUGUUCUCCUCUGUCAGCUGGCACAAAUGCUCCAAGAGAAGAUGAUCCUCACCAGCAGCAACAAGGCCUUUGUCAGAAGAGUGAUCCACUGGCGAGCUGAUGCAACUUCUGGAUCCUUUUUUGCCAGAGACAAUACUGCCAACUUCCUCUACUGGUGUCGAAAGAUUGGAGUUGAUGAGGCAUACCUUUUUGAGUCUGAGGAUCUGGUCCUACACAAGCAGCCUUGGGAGGUGUGCCUCUGCCUGAUGGAGCUGGGACGCAUUGCAGCCAGGUACGGAGUGGAGCCACCAGGCCUGGUGAAACUGGAAAAAGAGAUAGAAAGAGAGGAGGCUGGGUGCUUAUCUCCAUCAUCUCCUCUCUGCUUUUUUUAUCCAGCAUCAUUGUACUCACCACCACCAACAUUGCCCCUUCCCUCAACCCCUUCCCCUCCUCAUUCACUUGCCCCCCUCACUUCGAACACAACCUGUGUGCUUGAACCUCUCACUACCUCCUUUGCCUCUGAUCUUCCAUCAGCCACCACAGACCCUCUGCCUACAGGCUCGCCCCCUCCCCAGCCCCUCCUCUUAGCUUCUAGCCUUUGUACAAGCGCAGCCUCAACACAACCCUCUUUGUUCUCCUCAUCUUGCACCACUGACACAUCUGCUUCCGCUCUGCUGUCAGCGCCCCUAACAGACCAAACUCUGGGAUCCUCUGCUGAAGUCUGCCCAGCCACAGAAAACAAACAGACUCCCAAAGUCUGCAAAACUGCCACACCCUCCCAACCAGCAACACAAACUCCUCGUUCUUCCAACAAGUCCAGAAGCAGAAGGAGCGUCAGCACAAGCAUUUUGGAUGACAUUGUAAGAAGCAUCAUUGAAAAUCCUCCCUGCAGCUGCCCCACAAGGUUCCCUGUUGAGAAGCAGCCAAAAGGCUGCUACCGUGUAGGGGACAAGGUUCUGUAUUUACGGAUGCUGAAUGAGCGUCAUGUCAUGGUUCGUGUUGGCGGUGGGUGGGACACUUUCAUAGGUUACCUGCAGAAACACGACCCCUGCAGAGGCGAGGGAGGGGUGGGAAGAGGGACGCCGGCAAGGCCUGAGGUCAGGGUCUGUCAGGACAAAUUAAAACCCGCCGGCUUGAAUGUUUCAACAGGAAAUUAUAUGGUGGUUGGUGUUCACCAUAGGGGAAAGAAAUAGAGUCUCAAAAAGUUAUUUUAAUAAAACAGUUUGAACCUCUUUUCCCCCACUGUUUAAAGCCAAAAUUCCCCUUUUUUUAUUCAUCACUGACACAGAUGACUGUCCUUUCAGGAUAGCUGAGAUGAUUUUUCUUAAGAACCUCUUUUACUAACUUAAGAAUUUGAAUAGUCAUUGAAUCUGUGCUCCUUUUUUAUGAGAAAAUGCCAUAAACUAGCUAACUUCAAUAUUUCUACUAACUGUUUUUACUUUUACAUUGAAUAAUAAAGCAGAACACCUUGAGAAGUCAGGGAUAAACAUUGAAAUACCGUAGCUGCUUGCUGGAGUACUAGCUAUGUCUGUAGCAGUAGCCAUGAUGACCUGGAUGAUCUGAAGUAUUACGAUUGAGGAACUGAUUAAAAUAAACCAAAAAUAAUCUAGGAUCAGUUAUAUAUUUCAAUAAUAACUAAUAUGUUUAUGUAUGAAUGCAAACUGUUCUUCUUCUUACUGUAAAUUGAAUCCUGCUAAAUGUUGGAGUAAGUAACCAAUAGAUGGUUAAAUCUAAUAGUUCCAUGUGUUUGUCUUUCUGUUGUUUACAGAAUAAGGGGUUAAAAACGAGGGAUAACUCUUUUUUAUUGACUGUUUAAUAUGACAAGGCAAACAUUAUUUAAAUUUCUAUUAGGGCAUAAAUAUUAGUGUGAUUACAACAUCACUAGAGACAGCUCCAUGACAACAUGAUAACAGAUCUGCAGCAGUAAGACAACAAGCAUGAUAAAAAUCAAAGCUGAUUGCCUUGUACAUUAUUCUGCUGAAAAAUCAUGUCUUUUUUUGAUCAACCUACAUUCCAGUUUUUGUUUUUAUUGUUCUAAACUUUGUAGAUUCAGAAUCUAUCAAACCUCAAAAGUGUUCUUCCUUUGAAUUUACUUCUUUUCUCUUAUGAACUCUUCUUUAAAGUAGAUUUGGUUUGUGUCUAUUCUUUUGUUUGAUGUUAUUAUUUGGAUAUGACCAAAAGAUUAGUCUGAACAUUAAGAAGUUUACUUUUGAUGCCAUUAUUAACCUGCUCGAAU